AGACAACUCGCGAUCCAUACAUUUUCCACACUAGCUUAAUCUCACUAAGCUAAGCUAUACUAUAACUUACUAUGACUUGCUAAGUUGGCGACAUGACUGUGCCGCAAUUAAUUUUGGACUAGUUAGUUAUCCCUGGCGAACAGGUGUUGUCUGUCUGUCACGAUGUAACUUAGGGCUUGGAUCAUUGGCGCUAAACUCCGCUUGCAGUAAGACCAUCCAGGAUAAGCGUUUGCUUCCAAAACUCAUCUAUUCGCCAGGCAAGAACUAACACACAUUACUAAUGUUCAAUAGGCCCUCUGGAGUGUGCACUGUGGUACGUUGUGAAAAGAUCGUGGUGUGGGCCUGCGGGUGUGUUCGCAGCAUCCUUGCCCUUUAUAACUUUGCCAGUUACAUAGAAAUUGUUCUCAAGGAUGAGACUUGGAGUGAUGCCCUUGGCACAGGGUCCUAACUGCUCCACCACGAUCCUUUCGCACCCUACCACGAUACUAUAUAGGAGGGACAGCUCCGUAACAACUAUUGCGAAUUUUUGGCACUUUUGCGGACCUUCUCCAUCUGCCUCCAAAUUUCGCCCAACUUCGGACUUAAUUGCUUCCCACGGUUGGCAUGGUAUCGCUGCAUUAGUUCGCGGCUAGCCCCUGGCUCUCGCUCCUAUUGUACCAGUUUCCCUCCUAAAUCGCCGAGACGACUACAUGUACCUGAAUCACAUAUCCGAGGUCCUGACUGCGGCUCUUCGUCGUCUGUUAUGUUUCUUUGGGAGGGCCAUCUCAGCGUCCUGGAAAUCAUUGCCUAAGAAGAGACAAAAACUUGCCUUAGCAUUCAUCUCGGCAGGAUUUACGGUUUUCCUUGUUCUGAAGCUAGGUUGUAAUCUUUUCUACGCCGAUUACUGGGAAUGGGAGACAACGUCCCGCUUUUUGGGCUCGCCCAGCGCCAACGAAAUCCGAGACAAUAGUAGUAAUGGCGAUGACCUUUGCGACUCUUUCCCCACAUACCACCUCUCGCGCGUUCAAGUCGUCUUAAAGGUCGGCAGUACAGAACCUCCCAGUCGGGUUGAAACUCACAUCGCGACGGUUACGCGUUGCAUAACUAAUCUCAUUGUCUUCUCCGACCACGAGUCCCAAAUCAAAUGUCAUCGAGUCUACAAUAUUCUUGCAACUCUCCCAGACUCCUUCUGGGGGAAUUCCUCUGACGCCCAGGCCUAUAGGGCGCUCCAGCGCGGAGAGUUCGACACGGUUGAGUCUUCUCAGGGCUGGAAACUCGACCGGUUCAAAUUCCUCCCCAUGGUCGAACGCGCUUAUGAAAUGAACCCGGCUGCUAAGUGGUUUGUUUUCCUGGAGUCCGAUACAUACUUCGUGUGGGACAAUUUGUUUCGUCUUCUGGACCAGUUCGAUCCGUCUGUACCGUUAUAUCUCGGCUCCCCGACUUCCGGGAAGGGUCGCUCCUGGUUCGCCUAUGGAGGCUCUGGGUUUGUGCUGUCAACUGCUGCUGUCCAGAAACUAGUGGCUCGGAAGGUUGGGAGCAGGGGAGUGUACAGUCAACCUCCGUUGAAUCAGCGGUAUGAGGGGUUGAUUAAGGAGGAUUGUUGUGGCGACUCAGUGCUUGGAUGGGCGCUCUAUAAGAGCGGAGUGAAACUGUCUGGGAUGUGGCCGAUGUUCAAUCCGCAUCCUUUGCAUGGGGUCCCGUUUGAUCAGCAGCAUUGGUGUCAGCCGGUGAUCAGCAUGCAUAAAUUAUCGUUAGAAGAUAUGACUGGGCUGGCGAGGUGGGAGAAGCAACGGGGCCGAAAGCAUCCAUUGCUAUAUGCCGACCUGUUCGAGUACACAGAGUGGGGAAACUUAGGAAUCAAGGUGAACUGGGAUAAUGGUGACUGGGGCGGAUGGCAAGAGCCGGCCCCAUCGCCAGCCCAUAGAUCUCUUGAAGCCUGUAGGGAAGCGUGUCAUAAUCAUCCUGAGUGUUUCUCAUAUACCUAUCACGAUUCUGGUCACCACUGUGUUUUCGUUCCAUCUGUUCGACUAGGGGCGCAAAAACCAGCCACACUAAGGCUAUCAGCUGGGUGGGAUCUGGAUAAAAUCAAGCAGUGGCGGGAUACUCACCAGUGCCGAAGACCUCAGUGGAUGAAGCCAAGUACAGAUCGCAUUUUUUAACGCGUAUAUAUAUACCCUAGCUGCCUACAUAUUCUUCAUAGAUACCGACCCGAUCAAAUCACCUUACAUUGGACCGACCUCGCACUUCGUUCAGUGUUUUUUAGACCUCGUUUGGCUUUUGCAGAAGACCAGUUAAUUUUGGACAUUUGUCGUCUCUAGAUUAUUCUCAUGUAUAGUAAAUCAAGUAUGUAUA